UUAAUAACAACAACAACAAAACAGAGUUUGAACUUGACUCUUGAAUAAAGUUUAUGAAUUAAUUUCUAUUGUGAAAAGAAUGGAUAUUUGUGAUCUAUAUAAAUAGCUGUAACUUAUGUUGCAUUUUCAAGAGUUAUUAUGGAUUCAUUCCAAGCGAAAAAACCCAAAAAUGAAGAUCUAGAAGUAACUGGUGUAUCUAGAAGUGGUCGGGUAAGGAAGAAGUCUUCAAAAUUGAUGGAUUUUGAGUCUCCUGAUGAAAUUGAAAGGACAUACAAUAAAAAGACACCGAUUUCCAGCAAGAAACCAGAGUAUAUUGAUUCACAAAUUGGAAGAAAAGUUCAUAAAUUAGAAGACCAGGUGAGAGAUGAUUAUGACAUGGACGAGAGCGCAGAUAGUGGAAGUGAAUAUGAACAACCUCCUCUAAAUAACGAAUCUAGCAUGGAAUCGAUAGACUCAGAUAGUGAAAUGGAAGAUGGUUCAGGAGGAUUUAGAAGAUUAGAUCCUGAUGCCUCAAAGAAACGUCUAGUAAUCAAAGAUGGAAAAAUAUUCAAAAGUGAUAAAACGAAAGUUUAUGGCGAUAAAUUCAAAACCACGCCAAGCAGCAAACUAACAACGAAACAAAUCGUCAAAAAAGUUGGACCCAGUAAAACAUCACCUACUUCGUUUUCAUAUCAGUUUGGUGCUGGGGUCAAUUCUUAUGAGAAUAUUAACGUUUCACCUCCAAGUCCUAAAGGCAAAGAUAAUAAUUUCAAAGUUAGUGGAAUCAAACCAAUUGAUGUUGCUGCUCAUCUAAAGCUCCUUGGGGAAAGUUUGACGAUAAUUGGAGAACGUUUGAAAGAACAUGAGGGCCAGAUAGCUGUGUCGGGAAGUUUAUCUGUUCUUUUGGAUUCAUGUCUGUGUGCACUUGGACCUCUUAUAUGCCUAACUCAGCAGAUUCCUGAACUUAAAGAGAACUGUUGUUCGCCUGAACAACUGGCAACUACGUUAGACAAUGUUGCUUUCAUAAUGCCGGGAUUAUAGGAUUUUUUUAAUAUUUCUUUUAUGUAUAUAGUAUGGCGAAGUCUCAUUUCAACAGAAUUUCACUUUUUGUGUAUUGUUGAAUGUUACGAAAAUUUCGAAUAAAGUUUCAAAGAAUCGUUCAAAAA